AUACAUCACUUUGAGAUCACAGAAUGAGAAUGGCAUGAAAUGUUAUGGCGAAGACGGCACGGCAAGAUACAACAGUCUCACAAGUAAUCAAAAAUCAGAUGCCUGGCACACUGAACCUAUUACUGUGUGUAAGAUUUGCGCUGUGGUCCAUUUUUUGAAGAUGUGAAGCAACGUUGAGUCUGAUUGGAAUUACUGACAGACUGGAGGAAAUCUUAGUCCUUCUGUUGCACACGCACAUGCUGAAUUAUAAGUAAUCCUAGCUUCUCUUCCCACCCCUCACUCCCUCUCUCAGCUAUCUCAGGGUUCAUAGAGAUUUCAAUGGUUCGUGUGCCUGUAAGAUUGGAACAGAAGUGACCAAAAAUGGGGGACCAGCAAUUGUAUAAAACUAACCAUACUGCCAACAGCAAUGAGAACUUAUACUACCAACACCAAAUGAACUCCCUUCCAUCUCUAAAUCAUAGUUAUGGGACAUCUGUUAUAGAUGCUCCUCAGGCGUCCCCUCUCUCUCCCCACUUUCCCCAAGAUUCAAGAGACAGUAUAGCUUUGCCUGUAGGUUCAAAAAGUCUUGGGUCAAUGGAUACACUUAGACAAACAUGGACGCAUUCUGGCUCAGGAAACCACGUCCCAGUGCGGAACAAUUUGAGUAAUCAAAGCGCAAUGUGGAGCCCCCUUGGGCAGGGGGAAUCUCACGAUGGAUACCAAUAUUCUUAUUCUCAACCCAGCGAAAAUCGAUCACAAAAAAUUACCAGUGGGGUCCUGCAUAAGUUGGACUCUUUUACACAAGUAUUUGCUAACCAAAAUCUGAGAAUUCAAGUCAACAACAUGGCUCAGGUUUUACACACUGAGACUUCCAUGGCGGAUAAUGCUGGUGACAGUGCGCUCAGGCAGCUGCUGUCCCAGAAGCCAGCAGUUGAGCAACAGCCUGUAACUUCCAGCAUACAAAGAUAUCAGCCAGUGCCACAGCAGACACAGAAUUUUGCAAGCACACAGCAAAAGCAACAAAUGCAAGUCAUGCAGCACCAACAGUUGUACUACGACUACCAGCAGCAUUUGUCACAAAUGCAGAUUCAUUCUGCGUUUCAGCAAGGACAGACGCACGUUCAACCAAUGCAGUCCCAGCAGCUCUUACCGCAACAGAUGCAGCACUUGCAGCAGACUCAGUACUAUGCUCAGCCACAGCAGGGACAUCAGCGACUCUCAAUACAUGAGAUCCAACAGCAGCAGCAACAGCCAACUCGGCAGCAGCAGCAGAGGCAGUGUCCGAUGCAAAUAGCUCAGUAUUACCAAACGCAACCUGUCAUGCAGCUACAGCAACAACAGCAACAAAUGCAACUGCAGCUUCCUCCGUAUCACAGGGAACCCGAUCCAAAGACUGUGCAUGAAUCCCACCAGUACCCCCAGGAUCCAAGUCAUCCUGUGCAGCUCAUCCAGUUGGGAGCGGCGCCUCCGUAUUGCUACCAGGAUCCCCACGAACAGUACAGGCAUUUGUACCCGCAGAGUUUGCUGCAGCAGCACGACCAGCAGAAGCAAUACACAAGUGAAGGCAGAGCUGCAUCUCUGAACUCCCACGUCGGCCUCACUCCACCGGGGACAGCUGAGGAUCCUGCGCGGUCGGAGGUCAAUUCUGCGGGUAACACUGUACCUCAUCGAACUCUUUUGCCAUCCUCAGGAGGACAUCUGAACAACAGAAGCUCUCAGCAAGACUCUCCCGGCUCUGGGUGGCCUCAGGUGCAAUUGUCAGAUGGCAGACUGCAGCCACUGUCCCCAGAACAAAGUGGCUUGAACAGAGAAACACUUCCCGAGAGAGCUGAUGGGAAGAGCAAGCUAACGUGUUCAGUAUGCUUGAAGGAAUUUAAGAGUUUGCCUGCUCUGAAUGGUCACAUGAGGUCUCAUGGAGGAGUAAGAACAUCUCCUAACUUCAAACAGGAUGAAGGAGAGAAACCACCACAGCAGCCGCUGCCUAAAGAGGUGGAUAGCCUCGCGCCCAUCGUCAUGCCAGUGUCUGUCCCUGUAAAGCUUCUGUCACCCGAACCCAGCACGCAGCCCUCUGCCAGCACUGCCACAGUCAAAGACAAGCCUGCCAGCUCUAUGUCAGAUGAUGAGAUGCCCGUUCUCGUGAAGAUGACUUUCUCUCCACCGUGCAGUCCAAAAGUGGCCAACCCCUGCUCAUCCUCUGAAAUUAACAAAAAACCUCAUCAAAAUGCUGCAAAAUUGGAAGAAAACUUCAAACCAUUACCAGACAAGAAGAAGUAUCGCCACAGACCUGAACCUCUCUUCAUACCUCCUCCUUCCUUCAACUUCAGCACAUCCCACUCCGGUGCCAUGCUGUACCAGAGCCAGCUUCGUUCUCCCCGUGUCCUUGGAGACCAUCUGCUGGACCGAACACACGAGCUCCCCCCCUACACUCCGCCGCCGAUGCUUAGUCCUGUUCGGCAUGGGUCUGGUCUCUUCAGCAGUGUUAUCACAUCAUCUCACAGCACCUCGCACACUCAGCUGCCACUCACUCCACUGACACCAACUCCACGGGUGCUCCUCUGUCGGUCCAAUAGCAUUGAUGGAAGUGUAAUUCCAGUGACACCUGGGCCCGGCGAACAGACUGUUGAACCACGAAUUAAUAUUGGGUCCAGGUUCCAGGCUGAUAUUCCUGAGCUGCAGGACAAAUUGCUAAUGGAGAAAGAUGUGCACAAGGCUACUCUGGUUUGGAAACCGUGGCCAGAACUGGAGAACAAAGUCUUCCAACAAAGAGUGGAAGAUCUCUUAAAUAUGAGCUGUUCCAGCGUCUUACCUGGUGGAGGAACUAACUCAGAAUAUGCUUUGCACUCUCUCUUUGAGGCAAAAGGAGAUAUUAUGGUUACUCUUGAGAAGCUGCUGUUGAGGAAGCCAGUGAGAUUGAAGUGUCAUCCUUUGGCAAAUUACCACUAUGCUGGCUCUGACAAAUGGACACAUCAAGAAAGGAGGCUGUUCAAAGAGGCAUUGUCCACCUACAGCAAAGAUUUUAUAUUUGUACAAAAAAUGGUUAAGUCUAAGACAGUUGCACAAUGCGUGGAAUACUACUAUACCUGGAAGAAAAUCCUGCGCUGGGGACGGAAACACAGAACACGUUUAGAGAAGAAGAGAGAGGAAUGCAUGACAAGUGGAGAAGAGGAAGUGUUAGAGGAAGAUGAGGAGAUUGAAGAAGACAGAAAGGAGGAAAGGGAAAUGCAGAAGUCUCCUGACCCACCAGCUAUUCCUCUUGUUGGACCUAUAGACCUGCCUACCCUUCAGAGUCUUUCACUUUCUUCAUCCACUUUCAUCUGUGAAAUGCCAAACUGUGGUGCUGUGUUCAGUUCCCGACAAGCACUAAAUGGCCACGCUCGCAUUCAUGGAGGUACGAAUCAGGUGACAAAGCCACGAUGCACCAUUGCAGGCACUAAGCAGAAAUCUGGUACACAGAGUGGGUACUGCUCCAUCAAGAGUUCACCUGCCCACAGCACAACAAGUGGCGAGACCGACCCAACAACAAUUUUCCCUUGUAAGGAAUGUGGCAGAGUAUUUUUCAAAAUCAAAAGCCGCAAUGCUCAUAUGAAGACACACAGACAACAAGAAGAACAGCAAAGGCAGAAGGCUCAGAAAGCUGCAGUGGCAGCAGAAAUGGCAGCCACUAUUGUGAGAACUACUGGGCCAGCUGGGCAUAGUUUGAUCCCUCUGGAUCACAUGAGUUUGGUUAAACAUGUUGGAAAUGUCGGUGACAUUGAUGAUGAUGUUGUUCAGGAGUUAGGUGGCGUCAUGGAAGAGAAUGAAGUCAUGGAUGCUGACCUUUUAUUGGAUGAUGAAGAUGCAGAUCUACUGCAGGAUGAUGCUGAGUUGUAAAUAAAGUUGUUUGAUAAAGACAGCUACUGAGCACACCCUGAAUGCCUCAGUCAGGGAACCUGGACUGUUCGUUUAUUCCCCAUUGAUUGUAAACUACCUGAUGAAAAAUGAUAAUUCUUUUAUCCAGGUCCAGAAAAGAAAUAUGCUUUUUUCCCUUUUUUAUUAAUUUGUGUUUCUGGGGGGAGGAAAUAAAUACUUGGUACAAAUAUUCUUAUAAGGUGUUUUAUCUGGGCUUAUUUUGCUGGUAUCUUCCAAGGCCAGUAAUCGGAGAAGUUCACGGUUCUGCUGUCAUUUCCCUCGGUAGAUCUUUAGUCUUAAACUCUUCCAGGUUUAACUUUACCCCACUUACAAGGAUAUCUUCACACAUUUCUGAUGGAUUUUUUUUUUUAAUUUUAUUUUUUGCCUGCACUGGAUCACUUCCAGCAUCUUCUAGAAACUAAAUGUCAUCUUUAUUAAGAAGAUGAUUAUGUUCUUUUUCUUUGUGCUGUCAUUUUAAGGGAAGUAGAGAAAAAAAAUCUGCUUUAACUGUGAAAUAAAUACAGGAGUGACUGUAUCAUCUUUAGUAUCACAGUACUUUUUCAGUUCUGUCUUGCCUUAAUGCAUAUAUGUUAGGCAGUUCAUAAAAGCUUUGGUUACACUGUACAUUUUAGAGCUUCAUUUCUAACAAGGCUUUGAUCUGCUGAUUUUAAAGUGACCUAAUUCAAGGAUUGAAGAAAGAUGAUUGUGCUGUGGUUCACAUCAACUCAUGGGAACGCUGAAUCAAGAACACUGCCUUGGCAAUCAGAUUGCACUGGAAAUAUAUUUUGAUGUGACAAUAAAUCACACUGUUGAAUAGCCAUGUCAGUGAUUUUAGGAACAUACUUUUGAGCACUGCAGGAGCUUACUCUCUUAAUAGGCAAAUGCAGGGAGACAUUCUUGCAUUCGGUGAAUAGAGAUUGAUGGAGUAUAUGCCUUCAGCAUAUGUUAGUUAUUAUUCCUACACAUGAAGUGUUGUUCUUGUGCCAUUUUCAGUCUUCCUCAUUACAUCAAAUUCAGGGUUGUUUACUUCAUGAAAUAUAUCCCAAAGGUGAGGUGACAUUGCUGUUUAAUUACUGUUUCUCUUUCUUCAGGCUCAGAUCUACCUGCCUGAUGUCUAAAUUCACUUCCAUAAAUUUGGAUUUGGUUUUCUACUUCAAUAAAAUCUAAAAAUAAUUGUACCCUACAAAAUCGUUAGAAAAUUUAGAACCACGGGAAGAAGUUGAGUUAGAUUGAGUGGACCUUUAACAAUAGAACAAGAGCAACGAUUUUUGAACUUUCACAGGUAGUAGCACUGAUUUUCUUCUGAAUCUUUCACAGUGGAGGAGUGUUGUUAAUUUUAUAAAAUAUUUUGUAAGACUGACUUCAGAUCUUCCAGUUUCCUAGUUUUUUUUAUGGGUGGGGUUUUUUUUUGUUGUUGUUGUUGAAGUCUUUUUGCCACAUUUCUAACAUUUUAAGUGGACUCUGAGAGAUGGAGGGUCUUAUUUUCUACUGUCUGUCUUUUUUGUGUAACUAUGCAAAAUGAGGGUAAACCACAGUACCUUUGUAUAGGAGUACUGGACCACAGUUUCAAAACCAGUGGGAGUCACUAGCAGAGAGGUGACUUCUCUGUCAAAGCCAAAUACGCAAAUUCAAAUGGCCUGAAGUUUUCACUUCACGUCAUAUGUUCUGAUAAUAAAGAACAACCCUUUAAGAGAACAGCAAUCACUUCUCAGUUUUAGUUUAGUAAAGUUCCCCUCUAUGUGGUUUGUUCUAUUUGCCUUGGGGGUUCAGAGACAUUUUAGUUAGUUUUGACCAGAGGGUGGGAUUUUGCUCCCAUUGCUACAGAAUGGAUGAUGUUCUCAAUCGCUGUGCCUGUGUGUUUCAGGAGAUGAGGCACCAGCCUUCUUUCCUUUCCUGAACUGUCUGUCAGCACACUUCCAAACAAUUCUGUCCGUGCUGUGACACAUCACUUUCACAGAGCCCAUGCAACCCAGGUUCAGCUGGCUGAGUGCUCCCAGCUAAAUCCCAAUGGUAAAUCUUGUAGUCUGCACAACUCUUAGUGUUUGCAAAGUGGGAGUUCUGGUGAGAUGUGACCUGGGUUGGCUUCUAGGGGCCUGUGGCACAAACAAUGCAGUAGAGCCUGCUUGCUCUUCCAAGCCUGUAUCAUUUUGAAUUUCAAGGACCUCUCUGAGAAAGGCUGCUACCCUGGCAAAAUGGAAAUGUUUUCAGGUUCCCGUCUCAGUGGUGGGAAGAAAGCUGUGUGAAAGCAAAAUGGUCGUGGAAGUCAGUGAGAGUUCUUCUUGAAGAACGGAGUGAAGUACAGUAGGAACUUGCGGGCUCCGUUCUGAAGAGCAGCUCUGUGCUAAAGAAUCUACAGUGAAAUCUCUAGCAACAGCUGGGCAGGUACCUGCGCUGCACCUGGUGUGGAUAUAUAAAUACAUGUGUAUAUAUGCCUGGUUCUGUCAUAGCGAUCGGGUGCCGUUGUACUGUACAGCCGAGACGAUCAUCCAACAACCAAAGAAACCAUUCAUAAAGACAGAAGAAGCAAUUUCUUACACAGUACACGGUUUAGGCACCUGACAUGGACUUCCCCAAGUGUGGCACUGGCUGAUGUUACACAGCUGCUGUUCUUUUUGUACAUAUGUCGGGCAGUUUUGUUUCAAACAAGCUGUUUUAUUACUGAUGGUUGAUGAUGGAAAACUGUUCACUGUUCAACUCGGUCCUCUUUGCUAAAACCUGUACAUACAGAAAACAUAUUUUAUGAGAAAAAAAAUCUUAUUUUCAAUAUUUAACUGUUAUUUUAUUAGAAGAUGGUUGUACAUAUUUUAGGUGCUUUAGUGUAAAAAAAAAAAAGGCAGACUGUUAAUUUUAGGCGGCAGAGGAAGUAACAAAAUAAAAAUAUCGAUGCGUUUCA